AUGAAAAGCCCUCUGAUCAUGGACUGCUACGGAGAUCUAGGUCUCGUGGGAACGGCCACAGGGGAUGAAAUCGAAAUGGUCUGCCGUAUUUUAGAGGGCAAGUACCGCGCAGAAGACGACGAGGAACGACUCCUAAAGGUGUGUCAUGACGACGUUUUGACUGGCUUCGUACGACCCUACCGACCGCAGACGAGGGAUGCGUAUGGCUUGUUGAGCCGGGCACCGGAACGCGCAGAUUAUGACAAAGAUUAUGCAAACGCCAGAACAGCCUGGUUCCGGCACCGCAAGUGGACCGAUUGGGAGGCGGCGGCGGAGAAGACAGCGGCAAGAGGGGAGGGUAGCUCACCAGAGAACAAGAACUUGAAUUAUGCGCAGAAGCUGAUGGCUAAGAUGAGAGACCGCAGGGUGAAACGAGAGACGAUCAUCGUGGACGGUACGGCCCGCAGCGAUUGGCAUAAAGAAGCUCACGACAUCUCAGAGGAGCACCCUCAAGACGAUAUCCCACACAAUGCGCCAGAGAUGACGUAUACCAGACAGACGGAGGACAUUGUCAAUGGAGAGGCGGAUCCGGAGUCUUCCGUAAAGACGACCCGCCGACCCAGGGAGUAUUACGCAGGCUCGCAUCCUUUGAAGCAUCCUACCUGUGCCAGGGAAGACCAUCAUUGGCAGGGCUGGUGGCCGACUCUGGGGGCCUUUGUGCCCUCCGCCUGCCACUUCUGCCGGUUGUUUGCGUCCAGCUUCUAUUGUUCGAGUUGCAACGACACGGUCUGCUUGACCUGCAGGCUGACGUGGUCAUGA